GCUCCGCGGGGGAAGGGUAGGGGAUAGGUUCAGUGACGUCAGCGAGUCCGAGAGGCCGGAGCUCUGUGAGGGGCCCGAGGCGCGGAUCCUAAGAGCCAGGCGGGGAAAGCUGGGCCGGGAGAUCCGAGCAGGGAGAGCGGUGAGCGGCGGGAACCUGCCCGGAGCCGCACCCCUAGGCACCUGCUCGACUGCCCAGCCGAUCGGCCAUCGCGGAGUGGCCCGCAAGCCCCCGCCCGGGCCCAGCCCCCUCCCGGGGCCCCAUGGCCCGGGACGCAGCCCUCGCGCAGUCGAGACUGUUGCCGACGCUGCCGCUGUUGCUUCUGCAGCUCCUAGAAACAGGAGCCCAGGAUAUGCAGGUCCAAGUGCUUCCCGAGGUUCGGGGCCACCUGGGUAACACCGUGGAGCUGCCGUGUCACCUGCUGCCGCAUACCCAGAAUGUGAACGUCACGCAGGUGACCUGGCAACGCCUGAACGGAAUCUCCGUGGCUGCCUUUCACCCCAACUACGGCACCCACUUCCCCAACCAGCAGCCUAGCCUGGAGCGGCUGGCCUUCGUCAGAGCCGGCCAGGGCACCAAGACCAACCUGUAUGACGCCACGCUGGCCAUCCAUGACCUGCGCCUGGAGGAUGAGGGCAACUACACCUGCGAGUUCGCCACCUUCCCCAAGGGCACCCGCUCGGGGGUGACCUGGCUCCGAGUCAUAGCCCAGCCCCAGAGCCGCGCAGAAGCCCAGGAGGUCACGCUCAGCCUGGAUCCCGUGCCUGUGGCCCGCUGCGUUUCCAUGGGGGGCCGCCCACCUGCGAGGAUCACCUGGAUCUCAGCCCUGGAAGGGGAGGCCAGAGACAGCCAGGAGCCAGGGCCCCAGCCGGGCACAGUCACCGUCACCAGCCGCUACACCAUGGUGCCCCUGGGCCGAACGGACGGUGUCAAAAUCACCUGCAAAGUGGAGCACGAGAGCUUCCAGGAGCCAGUGCUGCUGCCUGUGACCCUCUCCGUGCGCUACCCGCCUGAGGUGUCCAUUUCUGGCUAUGAUGACAACUGGUACCUCGGCCGCAGUGAGGCUACCCUGAACUGUGAUGUCCGCAGCAACCCAGAGCCCACAGGCUAUGACUGGAGCACGCCUUCAGGCAUCUUCCCAGCCUCCGCAGUGGUCAAGGGCCCCCAGCUGCUUGUCCACUCAGUGGACCGACUGAUCAACACCACCUUCAUCUGCACGGUCACCAACGCUGUGGGCAUGGGCCGCGCUGAGCAGGUCAUCUUGGUCCGAGAGACGGCCAACACGGCAGGUGCGGGCGCCACCGGAGGCAUCAUCGGGGGCAUCAUUGCAGCCAUCAUUGCUACCUCGGUGGCUGCCACAGCUGUCCUCAUCUGCCGGCAGCAGCGGAAAGAGCAGAGGCUGCAGGCGGCUGAGGAGGAGGAUGACCUGGAAGGACCGCCCUCCUACCAGCCCCCGACCCCGAAGGCAAAGGCAAAGCUGGAAGAGCACGAGAUGUCCUCGCAGCUCUUCACUUUGGGAGCCUCAGAGCACAGCCCACUCAAGACCCCUUAUUUUGAUGCUGGUGUCUCAUGUGCUGAGCAGGAAAUGCCUCGAUACCAUGAGUUGCCCACCUUGGAAGAGAAGCCAGGGCCUCUGCUGCUGGGGGCCACAAGCCUAGGGCCCCCCAUUGGGGUGCCUCUGGGGCCACCUGGCAUGGAAGGGGUUUCCCUGGAUCUCGAAGACGAAGAGGAAGAGACGGAGGAAAACUAUCUGGACAAGAUCAACCCCAUCUAUGACGCCCUGUCCCAUAACAGCCCCUCUGAUUCCUACCAGGACAAAGGCUUUAUUGUAUCCCGGGCCAUGUAUGUGUGAGGGCCCUGGCCUCUCACCUGUCACCUUCAACCCCUUAUAUUUAGCCAAGGACCUGGUGUCCCAUGUCUUCUGGCCAAGCCACUGUCAGUUAACACAUGGGCAUUCACCUGUGACUUUUACCGUAGUGUCUCCACCAUGACCUCUAACCCACGAUCUAGGACCCAUAGAAACUUGCCAAGACAGUGGAAGGCUGGUAACUUUAUCUCAUAAAGCUGCAGAUAGGGAGGAUGUUUCUGCACAACCUCUGAGCACAAGGACCCCUUUCUCAAACCGUGACAGACCAUAAUGCUCACCUCUGGCUGGCCCACGUCUCAGCUCCUUCAGACAUCUCUAAGACUCCUGACCUCUGAUUUGUCCUCGGGCAGUAAGUCCUGACAGGUUUCAAGCACAGGCAUUUAGGGAUUCUCUGCUGCUCAGACUUGAGCCCUCCAGGUGGCAGAGCCUCUUUGUUUCCUCCCCACCAUGCCCCCCAAAGGUGGGAGGGAAGGGGAUUCCCAGCCCUCCACAGAGCUUUCCCAUCUCCCCCUCCUGCGGGCAGGAGCCUUAAGGUCCAAGCUCUUCCCUGAGCCCCACCAUCCCAAUUCCUGUGUACAGUGCAUAAGCUCCAGCCCAGUGCUAGAGGGACAAGCUCCAUGCAUGUGCCUUGGCCGCCCAACCUUGAGAGAAUUUGCUGUUAUUUUGAAGACUACUGAAUCCUCUUACCUCUGCCCACUGGGAUGAGACCUAAUCAUACCCCUUGGGGGAAAAGUGGGUUACCUGGGUUGGGGGUGGGGGCUAUGAUACUGUUUUGUAACCUAGCGUUUCCUACAAAAAAUGAGUGUAUACUUUGA